GGAAAUGAAGAAGGACUACAAGUUGACUCAGAUGUAUAUGCCUUUCUAUGCAGCUUGCAUAUCAGCUGCUUUAGGGUUCCUGUUCUUUUUCUUGUCGUUUUCCAGUCCUUAUUGGUUGCAGUCGUAUGAUCGUGUACAUAGUUCUUUUCUCCACAUGGGGAUAUGGUCUGUAUGUUUUGACAAAUUUGUGCAUCCACAAGAUUACCACGCUAAUGUGUUGACCGGGUGCUUUUGGGUAUAUGAUCGUUUUUUCUUCAAGAUUGGCAUAUGGCAGUGGCUAAAUCCAUACUGGUUGAUUGGUGUCCAAGUUUUAAUAACUAUAGCAUUUACGGCAAAAUGUUGCGUCAUUUUAAUCCUGGUCUUGUACCACUUGUUGUUUGGUCAUCCAGCUGCUGAAUCAACUAUGGCUCUUGUUGGUGAGAUAUUUAUAGGGAUUCUUUUGACAAUAUGUAUUUUAGUAUUUGGUAUUAGCUCACAGAGUAGAAUAUGGAUGCCAAGACCUGAUCAAUAUUUUCUCUCAUGGUCAUUUGGUUUUAUUAUAUUAGCAGCUAUUUGUUCGUUUAUUUCAUCUGGUUUCUUGUAUUGUAUAAGUUAUACAGAUCGAGCAGCUCAAGAAGAAGUUGAAAAAUUCGAAGCUGUUGAAACAAAUUAUGGUAUGCCAAGUGUUCUUUCCGGUCGAAUAGGCAGUGGUGGUUUAUAUAGUGGAGGAUUAAGUGGUAUUGGGGGUGCAGGCGGUGUUGUAGUUAAAGUUCCAUCAACUGGAGCUCGUCCUGAACAAGUGAUUGCAUUAGAUUCAGACUUACGACCUAUGGAUACAGGACAUGAAAGUAUGAGUUUAUUUUCACCUAGUAUUGGAAUGAUAUCUAAUAAUAAUCCAUAUCAUCAUUAUAAAGGAAUAGAAAAACAAUCCAUUCCAUUCAAUAAUCAACUUCAUAAUGAAUCUAAUUCACAAACAAUUUCAUUCAUUGAAAGUGAACAACAUAGUCAAGAAACACCAUUAUAUGUAAAUCAUCCAACAACAAAAUAUAACAAACAUGGUAUAAUACAACCAUCAAAUUAUUCAUCAUCAUCACCAUCAUCAUCUAAUAUGAAAUCUUAUUCACCGUUAGGCGGAAAUGAAGAUGUAGAAGAUCUUAGUAUGUUAUCUGAGAAUCCUGAUGAUAGACGAAAUACAAUUAUUCAACGUGAUAAUAAUGAUUAUAAGCAUCAUGAGACAUCAUCACCUUCUCCUCUUAGACAUUCAUUACCAACAUCUCAAAGAGGUUAUCAUCAUAACACUACACGUUAUUCUCAUUAUUGAUUAGUGAUAUUGAUUGUUUGUUUGUUUAUUUAUAUAAAAUACAUUCAUAUCAA